CAUCAUGGCUGCUGGCAACUACAGCAUUGUCGACAUGACGUCUGUGAGGUAUCCAAACAUUACGGGAACUUCACUUCAAACAAUACGUUUUUAAAAAAAGAAAAUUAGACUGUAUCAGAUCGCAAAUUCAUUUUUUUUAAAAAUUACAAUGUAACUAUUUGAAAAAUUACAGUAUUAUAAGAAUUUGUUUCCCCACAAAGUCCCAUGGGUAAGUUUAGCAAUUUUCUGGGUGCUAUCCAUUUUAGUAUAUAUUUCAUAUGAUUGCCCCCCUGCCCCCUCUACAUAAACUUCUGAAGUAUUUUCUAGUCAGUUCAUUCAAACAAUUCACUGCGCAAUUUAUUUGACAAUCAAUAAAGUUAUUGCUACAAAACAAAAUGUCAUCAGUUCAUUCUACUUAUUAUGUUUUCAACAUUACUUUUUAUUUAUUAGGAAUGUAAUCGUAAUGGUUUGUGGGGAGAGAGGAAGGGGGUGGUUCAGAGGCGUAGCCAGAGUGUUUGGCGCCCGGGGACGAGAUCCCUUUUAAAGCGCCUCCCUUUCUUUUCUUUUUUUUCAACUCUCAAACCCAUUAUUUUCAUCAAUAAAAUAAUAUCAAAGCAGAUUUUGGCGCCCCAACUAGUGUGGCGCCCAGGGACAUCUGUCCCCCCUGGCCCCUCUUAGAUACGCCUCUGGGGUGGUUCCUCAAUGGAAAUAGUUCCUCCUUUCAACCGUUUUGUUUCAUGCAACUGACAUGGGAUGAAUGAAUUUAUUUUUAGAGCUAUUUUCUAUGCAUGCGAAAUCUCGGUUGAAGUGAAUUAAAUCUGUAUCUAGGAAUAAAACUUUCCAAAACUUAGACCUGAGCUCACCCCACCCACCCGUUCAAUCAACCGCGAAGCAGACGCGGUCAACCACGAGAGCUCGAGAGACCGUCUCAACCCGCCUUAGUCGACCCAGGAUUUUUUUUUCCAGCCGUUCACCAGGUGAACACUGAGCGAGAAAUCUUUAAAAUGUCACGUGUGUAAAAAAAAAAGAAGAAUAAUAAAGCUCCAUCCACACUUAAGAUGAAAAUGCGAACAGAGAGAGAAAGUCUUUAACGGAUAAAAUGUCUGAACCGUCAGCCUAGCAAUGCGUCUAUAAGUUCCAAGCAUCUUCUCUUGGGUUGAGAUCCUGAUACAUAGAGAGUGCUUGCAAGACUAUGCCUGUGAGCGAUGUGAAGUGAUGUCAUAAGGGGAAAACAAACCAACACCACUCACUAACAUACCCAGGGUUUCUUUCAGCUCUAUCUCCGGGGAGGGCACUGCCAACCCCCACCACUCCCCGGGGAAAGCCAAGUGCCCCCCCCCACCGGAGCAAAAAUAUAUCAAUAAAUCAACAGGCACUGCUGGCACUGCUCCCCCCUUCCCAAAAAAAACCCUCACAAAAAUAUAUCAAUAAAUCAACAGGCACUGCUGGCACUGCUCCCCCCUUCCCAAAAAAAACCCUCUAAUGUGCCCCCCCCCGGGGAACAUUUCUGAAAUAAUCACUGAACAAAUCACGUGAGGGGAGGUUGGGGGGGGUGGGUGGGGUGAGCUGAUGUCAACACAGAGAAGCGGUAAAUGAACCAAAGUACUGCAAACAGCAAACAGCCCGAGGAGUGCACCACACGUCUGCACUCACCCGACGAUCGAUCGUCGAGGCGACAGUGCAUGCAGUUAAGCUCACCGUUUAAGAUCAGAAAAAAAGGGGGGGGGGGGACCUUGACUGCAUUUCAUCAUAGCUGUGUCACGUGAGGCAGCCAUCCGUACCAUGGAAAGAGUUAUUUGUUUUUAAAACCAUAGGGUGAAUCUAGCAGUGACCACAAUGUCGGUGGGGGAUAAAGUAAUUAAAAUAAAAGUAAUUUUUUAUUUUUUUUUAAACGCAGAUAAAGUCGGAUAACUAUAUAGAAAUAUAUAGAUAUAUAUAGAUAUAUAUAGAUAGAUAUAGAAAGAUAGAUAGACAGCAGACAGCCAGGCAGAUAUAUAGAUAGAAAGACAGACAGACAGACAGACAGACAGACAGACAGACAGAUAGAUAGACAGACAGACAGACAGACAGACAGACAGACAGACAGACAGACAGACAGACAGACAGACAGACAGACAGACAGACAGACAGACAGAUAGAUAGAGAGAUAGAUAGAUAGAUAGAGAGAUAGAUAGAUAGAUAGAUAGAUAGAUAUAUAGAUAGAUAGAUAGAUAGUAUCUAUCUAUCUAUCUAUCUAUCUAUCUAUCUAUCUAUCUAUCUAUCUUAGAUAGAUAGAUAGAUAGAUAGAUAGAUAGAUAGAUAGAUAGAUAGAUAGAUAGAUAGAUAGAUAGAUUGAUAGAUAGAUAGAUUGAUGGAUAGAUAGACUUAUUUUGUAAUAUAACUACCCCCCCCUCCCCGGUCAACUUAUUUUGUUCCUGGCUGCCACGCCUCUGGUAGUUCGUCAAAUGUAGGUCGACAUGGCGUCGGUCCGAUGUGUCAGUUUGUGUCAUGCCAUCGCGCAGCACGGUUUGAGUUUGUGACUGCCUACAAAACAAUGGACCUACCGAUCCUGUUCAUCAUUAGUUCUGUGCUCUGUAUGGGUAAGUCAAGGGGAAGACAUUACACGUUGAGUUUGAAAGUAGAUGUAAGGAAAGAAAUGUUUGGGGGAAUGAGUGAGGGGUGAGCAGUGGCGUACGAAGGGGGGGGGCUUCAGAGGCGUAGCGAGGGUGGGCAGGGGGGCAGAUGUCCCCGGGCGCCAGCUAGUUAGGGGCGCCAAAAUGUGCAUUUAUAUUAUAUUAUUGGUCAAAAUAAUGGGUUUUAGAGUUGAAGAAAAGAAAAGGGGGCGCUUUAAAAUUGAUCUUGUCCCCGGGCGCGAAUCUUGUCCCCGGGUGCCAAACACCAUCACUUCGCCUCUGGGGGGGGGGGCUCGGAGGGGGAGGUUCCCCCAUGGGAGAAAUUUUUCUCUUUAUAUUGAGGGGCGGCAUUUUCGGGCAACUGCUUAGUGUCUUUUCGCGGCAUAACGCUCGCUACGCCACUGGGGGUGAGGAGAGUGUAUAUGGGGGGGGGGGAGGGUAAGGAAGGGGGUUAUUAAGGUGGGAGAUCGGNUAGCGCUUACCUUAAAGCUCUAAGCGCUUUACAAUUAUUAAAAGCAUGUAAACUAAGUAAAAUAAAAAUGAGACACUAGGAUAGUAACUACUAUACUAUAGAAACAAUUAAAAUGGCUAUAAAACGAGGACACUUUGGCACGUUUUGGCCCAUACUACAGGACCCACCCGAGACAGAACAUGAGGCAGGGCAAGGAGGGUGCAUCACAGGUCAUAGGCGGACCUCAACAGAUUAUAUUAUUUGAACACUUGUAAAGAAAUAUAAAAUGGAAAACUUCAUUUAAAUGUAUACAUGUGUUUUUAAUAAUUAUUCUUGUAAUGAGAAUGUCGUUGGGUUUUAAUGAGGUGGAAAUUAUAAGGAUACUUCAUAACAGAUAUAAUUUUUUUUUUUUUAUAGAUAUGCUAUUACAUUCAAAGAAAAAUAAUAUUUCUAUUUGAGAGAUAUAUUUAAUGAUAAGGUGAUGAGUAUCUCAGACUGGCUACUCUGAGGUAGCAGCAAUACGGCGAAUACGCGUAGCCGGAUUAAGCCGUGGUAGCGAAAAUAAAAAUGACGUCACAACUUCCGCUUUAAAUGAGAAAAUUUCGAUCAACACUAGUGCAGUCGUGCGUAGGAAAUAAUCACUGAAAAGCGAAAUAAAUUUGAUAUUUAAGCUAGUUUUUUUUUUUAAAUUCUUAUUUUCAAUGUAGUGCAUUCCAUGCAGGGGCGUAGGAAAAGUGUGGUGGUCCCACCCGGGAAACUCCCUUUUUCUUGCAAAUGAUGGGGGGGGGGGGGGGGCAUUUUCAGCCCAAAAGAAUAUUUUGUUUCGUGAAUUGGGGCGGCAAAAAUCUUGACACCCACCCAGGGCGGCAUUAACCCUAGCUGCGCCACUGAUUCCUUGACAUAAAAAUAGGAUGUGAUGUAAAAGAUAUAUAUCUCCAAAUUUUGGGGAAGAAGAGUUUAAAUGAUCAGGCACUGAAGCAGCAUUGUUGUAAAUACUUUCUUUCUGUCCUUUUCCUUCUUCUCUACAGCCAGUCCCAGUGACGCUCUGGCAACGAAGCCAAAAUCCAGUAAAACGAGCUCCACCGGCAUCAAACCAAGCUCCACUGGCAGUAAACAGAGCUCCACUGGUCUUCAGCCUAGCUCCACCGGCAACAAGCCAAGCGCCACUGGCAGUAAACCAACCGUGCAAGGCGGUUCCGCCGACGAUGGAUCCAGCUCUCCCAACAAUAAUCCGAUCCCCUCGUGGGACGACGUGGACCCCCGGCAGAGUGUUCCGGGCAAGAAGACCGGUUCCACGGGAGACGACGCCGAUCCCCUGGGUGAUGCAGAGAAUGCCCCGGGUAAAAAACCCACCCCCGGGGGUGACGAUUCGGACUACGCGGACACACGACAGAACACGGCUGGCGAGAAACCAAUUGGCUCGACCUUUAACCGCGACGGAGACGAGCCGGGGCUUGCUGGCAGCAGCAACCCAGGCCUGACCAAAAGACCCAACUUGACAACAAGAAAACCCAUCUCCACAACCGGAAGACCCACCUCCUCAACCUGGGGACCCGUGGUCGGCGCGAACCAGUUGAGCCCCGUGGAAGCUGAGGGGAGGUCAGCAGACGGCGCGCCAAGGAAUGCAGAGCUCAGCCAAGAACGCCAAGACGAUCGACCUGGACCCGUUCGUAAUGGAUCAACCCUACCCACGGUGUCAUUGGUUAUCACUCUUGCCGCCCUUGGAAUGAUAGAGACGACCCUGUGGAAUCGGUGUCAGUAAGACUGUGGCAAAGAUAGCGAUACUUUGGUCAGGAGGUUGGUGCAUGUCUGCAAACUACGGCCCGCGUGACGGUUCCGGCCCACGGCUGCGAUUCAUCCGGCCGGCCAAAAGAAAAACUUAUUAAUAAUAGCGUUAUAAAUGUAUACAUUCAUAGAAACAUAGAUCAGCGUAAGAGUGAAAACGUCAUCAUGUCGCAUUCGGACAAAUAAGACUGAGAUGACCUUGAGUGAAAAGACACGCCCUCAACAGCGGAGUUGUUUGGAAAAUUUACUUUAACGAAAAAAUUCAAACGAAUCGAAUCCCAGAUUGCAAGUCUGAAUCCGAUGUGAAGGCAUUGUGAAAAAAAAAGAAAAAAAAAAGAAAAAAAAAAGAAAAGAAUAAUUCUUUUUGAGUCCAAGUUAAUGAGGGUAACUCUGUUUUAUGCUUCAGACACAUGGACAAAGACGAAUAUUCAAAUGUGGUUCCCCCCCCCUCCCAUCAAUCCAACAAUAUUGGAGGAGCCCAGUUGCAAAUGGUACUAAGUUCGUUUUUUGAAGAAAAAAAUGAGUUAGUGCCCUUUUCUUAAUCUAUUGCCUAAAUCUUAACGUUCAGAAGGCUCUAAAUGCCUCUAUUUGAACUAGAAAAUGUAGAGCAACCUUCCAAAUGCUCGUUAAGUUGUAACACAAAAUUCACUUUCCUGAAAAAAAUGAGUUUGGUUGGACUCAGUACCGUUUGCAGGUGGGCUCCUAAAAAAAAAUGUGUAUUUUGGGAUCUCACUUGAAUCAAGGUAAUCUAAUUCAGACAAAAAAAGAACCCACACAAAACAAUAUAUAUUGCUUGAUGUUGCAUUUUGAAUCGAAAAAGGACGCUAUUUUUUCUACAAGGGUUUUUAAUAUAAUAACAAUGUGUGGUUAUGCUCCUAUGAUACAUACAUGAUACAUUCAUGAUACAUACAUGAUACAUACACGCUACCCUGACUUAAGCAAUGUAAAUCCACCCCUCCCCUCCACCCGGAGCCCGACGAAACUUUUCUAGCCGGCCCUCUUCGGAUAGGUUUGCCGACUCGCCUGGGUGUCCAUCAGGGGGGACCCACCACUUGGUCUAACUUCUGUGCCAUUUCGUGUCUCUCAGUUCCUUAAAAAAAAUAUUUUUUUUUUAAAUUUGCGAGAUGUUACACUUUUUAGAAAUUGAAACAGUAUUUGUUUAAGAUGUAAUAUUAGUUUGUUCCCACCGUGUAAAUGACUUUCAACGACCCCAUCUGUGACCAAAUGCUAAAAAAAAAAAAAAAAGAAAAAAAAUAUAUGUUGGUUUGUCCAUCAGUCUAUUGCUAGCUUAUGGUCAAGCUCUGACCAGGUGGACAGUCCAUUCGUCUCUUUCAUUGACGCUGUGUUAAGGAAAUGUCAGAUAGCUUAAACCUUCAACAGUGCUCGCGAGCCUCAUCUUCGACACCGCCCAAAAGCCCAUUAGCCCCGAAAUCCUCCUAACAA